AGGACUUUUACCACUGUAGAAAUAGCUCAGGCAUUCAAAGCCCAUGCAAACACAGAAUUGCAGAAGUUCAGUAGAGGCUUAUCACUUCCCUGAGAAGAAAAGCACAUUUUCAGUUUCGUGUGCAUAAUAAGAGUGAGCACUCAGUUGCUUUCUUUGCUAGCCACACUGCUAAAAUCCGGUAUUAACCGUAUGUACUAGGUUAAGGAUCGAGAUCAGGCAGCCCCACCUGACAGUGAAGAAGCUAAGUCUUCACCACAUAAACUAGAGGAAGCAAUUCCUGAACAAUGGGAUCUCCAGACUAUAAAUACUGAGAUACGGGACACACGCCAGACACUUGAGCAGAAGACACGAAAACUGAAAAAGGCAAUGUAUCCAAGACACCUGUUUCAUCCCACGUCACAGAUGGUAACAGCAGGGGAUAUGGUGGCCAUUGUUUUAUUUGCUUCCAUAUGAACCCUAAAUGUCCUAGAGACAUUGCAGAUUCAACUCCAGAUACAUAAAGAAGAAUGCAAAGAUGCCUUACAUCUGGACAGCUUUACAGGAAUUCCAAAAGUGGGAUUGACAGUUUUCUCAUAUGUAGCUUCAUGUGAAAGGCCAAAAUAUGGAGAAAUAAAGGAUGGUGCUUUGGAUGUGACGAGAGGACAAAAGUGCCCAGGCCCCCCAGGUGGUCCCCACCCAGGAACAGAUCUUUCAGGUUGCAUCAGGAUGAGUGAUGACCUAAGUAUGGAAGAGAAUGGUGUUGAACACUUGAAUUCUGAAAACCUGCCACAGUCCAGAGAAUAUCCCACACUACCACUGCCUGGACACACUUCCUCCACAGAUAGUACUGUAACUUCAAGCGAUGCUAGCUCAGAAAUUUUGAAUAUGUCUUCUGGUGACCCUGCCUGUAGAUCAUUCUGUGAGAAAGAGGAAGAUACAAGAGCAGCUUCUACGAUGAUAGAGACUCAAGGCACCAGUCCGGCUCCUGACAAUAUUCCCCUCCCAGGCUCUAUGAGUGAGGACAAAGCCAUAUUACAUCUGGAAGCCAAAGAGGAACCAGAAACAAUGGAAGAGCAUAGAAAAGAAUGUGCUGCAGGAGACACUGCUGUUUCUCCUCUUCCUGUAACCACUGUGAAAUCGGUCAACUUUAGACAAAGUGACAACAUUUCUGCUAAUGAGAAAGAGGUGGAGGCUGAAUUUCUCAGAUUAUCUUUGGGUUUUAAGUGUGACUGGUUUACCUUGGAGAAAAGAGUGAAGCUCGAAGAGAGGUCCCGUGACUUGGCAGAGGAAAAUUUGAAGAAGGAAAUCACAAACUGUUUAAAGCUGUUAGAGUCUUUAACCCCUCUAUGUGAAGAUGACAGCCAGGCCCUGGAAAUCAUUAAGAAGCUGGAGAAGGGCAUAACAUUCCUUAGCCAGUGCACAGUACGGAUGGCCAGUAGGGCUGAGAUGUUGGGAGCCAUUAAUCAGGAAAGCCGGGUUAGUAAAGCAGUUGAAGUGAUGAUUCAGCAUGUAGAAAACUUGAAGAGAAUGUAUGCCAAAGAGCAUGCUGAAUUAGAAGAACUGAAACAGGUGCUUUUGCAGAAUGAAAGAUCUUUCAACUCUCUUGGAGAUGAAGAUGACUGCCAAAUUAAAAAACGUUCAGCUUCUCUAAACUCCAAGCCAUCUUCUCUUCGAAGAGUGAGCAUUGCCUCUUUGCCCAGAAAUAUUGGAAAUGUAGGAACGAUGGCUGGGAUGGAAAAUAAUGACAGACUUAGUCGGAGGUCAAGCAGUUGGCGUAUUUUGGGGUCAAAGCAGAGUGAACACCGUCCCUCACUACAUCGAUUUAUUAGCACUUAUUCCUGGACAGAUGCUGAAGAAGAAAAAUGCGAAGUGAAAACUAAAGACGACUCAGAACCACCUGGAGAAGAAAUAGUAGAACAGACGAGGAAGCCAAGUCUCUCUGAAAAGAGAAAUAAUCCAUCAAAAUGGGAUGUUUCUUCAAUUUAUGACACAAUAGCUUCCUGGGCAGCGAAUCUCAAGACUUCCUUCGGAAAAGCUAAUAAGGCACUCUGGAUUUCUGUUGCAUUCAUUGUACUGUUUGCAGCUUUGAUGAGCUUCCUCACAGGCUUAUUUUUCCAAAAGCCUGUGGAUGCUGCUCCCAUACGGAAUGGGGACUCCUGGAUGUCUCUAGAACAUGCCUUGUGGCCUUUUACCAAACUCCAACACAACGGACCACCACCAGUGUGACUGCGGCACAUCUUAACAUGUGCACUUUGAUUUUUAAAAUUUCAGUAUCUGAACUCUGUGAAUUAGUAAUUUUUAGCUGGGAAAGGAGAGUAUAGAACCAGAGGUUCUUCGCACAACCGUAAACUAUUUUACAUUCCCUUCUUUCUGCGAUUACCUCUCCAACUUGAAAUACAGGGGGAGGACACCUGCCUAUAAUCGUUUAAUGAGCUUUUCAAGAAAGAAAUAUUAUAUAUUGUUUUGUUUGUUAAAAUUUAUUGAAAUAAAGAUGCAUUCAAAUCUUCAUACAGUGAAAGUUGAAAUUCUCAGUAGGCCAAGUAGAAUUAGUAGGGAAAUAAAACACAUCGUUUAAAGUAAAAUUUGAAUGUAAAAUGCUGAUUAGAUUGUUAUACUUUAUUGAAAAAAUACCUGAUUUUUUUUUUUUUCCCCAAACUGCUUGAUUCUUCAGAUUUACCCAUGGGGAUUAAGAAUAGCUGAGUAAUCUAGUAGAGAGUAGCAUCUGGCAUACAGAAUCAACAAACUGGCAGUUGGAACUCCUGAUUUUCUCUAUUGCUUCUCCAGAAGCAAAAUCCUUCACCAUGUGAUACAGAGUAGAAUGAAACUCGGUUUCCUCUUUAAGAGCUUCAGAGAAUGUCUCGCUGUAUUCAUUGAUCUUCAGUCUUUGUGCUCUGUCACCACUAAACAUUAAAAGGGCCCAAUCGGGAUACUCGGUAUCAGGUUCUUGGUUAAGGUGUUCCUUCACCUGAAGGAAAACAAAAAAUAGAAAAAGCUAGUAACAGGUCCUCUUCUAUUAGGUAUUAUGGUAGUAGAGUGUCAUUUGAAGGGCUCAACGCAGUUCCCACAAUUGCUAAAGUGAAAAUCAAAAUUUUUUUAAUUGUGGUAAAAAUAUAUGUACCAUUUCCCAUUGCAGCAUUUUUCGCAUGUACCAUUCGGUGACAAUUCCAUUUAUCAUGCUGUGCAGCCAUCACCACUAAAGAAACUUUCUCGAUGUUCCAUUAUUAAUUUUUUUAUUAUAAAACUAUAUCUUGGUGCAUAUAGAAUUUAUCUACAUGUAUUCAUUCAUUCAACAUAUAUGUAUGGAACACCUAUCAUGUGCCAGUCACUGUUCUGUGUCCUAGGGGUAUGAGUGAAAUAAAACAGACAGAAAAAAACAACUAAGAUAUGCUAAUAAACAACAACAAAAUCUGGUCUUCAAGGAGCUUAUAUUCUAGAUGGGGAAAAAGACAAAAACAAAUAAUACAGUAGCUCGUUCAGAGGAAAACAUCCAUCAGUCAGCUUUUAGAAUUUGAUGAUACCUUUCUUUACCAGAAAGUAGUGGAUGUGUCAGAAAAUGCUGGAGGCGAGAGUUUGUGAAUUAUAGAUUUAUUCACAUUAAAGGCUUCCAUUUAUUCUUGUGUCAAUGUAAAGAGAUAUAGGACGCCUGAAGCCAAGAACAUUUGAUACCAUCAUGGACAAUGAACAUAUAACCUUUACAUAGCUUGGUUUUAUAUUCUGACAAACUGAAAAUAUUUGAAGUUCGCAAAUAUAUUUUGAAUGUUAGUUUUUUUCACCUUUUUAAGAGGGGAAGCCAUGAUUCACAUUAACUUUUGCUUUUGAUUACCUUCUCUUGGAGGACAAAGUAGUUCGUGGGAUUUUCAUACUAUACCUGAAAAACAACUUUGCUGGAAUCACAACUUAAAUUCCACUUGCUCCAACUAAAUGCAAAAGCAGAACUUAGCAGGGCCAUUUGUCGAUAAGCUUUUAAUUCUACCAAAGGAACCUGUCAGUAUAAAAACAAGUAGAAUUGAUGAUAGAGCCUCCUAACAAGUAUCCCUUCCAUCACUGCCCUCCUGUAGUCUAUACUUAGAAGGAUCCAUUUAAAAUGCUGGUAGAAUUGCAGGCCUCUUCUCUCAAAACUCGGCAAUGGUUUUCCCUUUCAGGGUAGAAUGCAACAUCCUAACAAUGAUCCAAGGACCUCCCUGAUCUGACCCCCACCACCCCCCAGCACAUACACACAUCUGCCUCAUUGCCUCCCUAACCUCAUCUCCUCUCCUCUUCUGCCUUUGCUCUCUUAGCUCCGGGUUCCCUGGCCUCCUUGCUGUUCAAUCCUCAGAUACACCAGGCCACCUUCUCAGGGGUCUGCUGCAGCUGAGCUCUAUCUGCAAGCUGCUACUCUUGAUAUCCACUUGGCUAAGUCCCCACCCUUAAGUUUUGCUCAAAUAUUACAUUUUCACUGAAGCCCCUCAUAUCCUGUACAAUAUUGUAAGGUACCCCAGCCCCACUAUUCCUGACCUAUCUUUUUCCAUAGCACUUAUCUUUUAACAUACUAGAUCAUUUAUUUUUUAUGUUUAUUGCUUAUUUCUGCCUUCCUCUACUAUAAGCUCCUCAUUUUAUUCACUGAUGUAUGCUAGUCAUCUAAAAUAGGUGUUCAAAAAUUAUUUCUUAAAUAGAAUAUUUUGGAAACUACACUACAUUCAGCAUCUGUAGAGUAAAAGCCAAAUGGUUACUAAAACCAAAGUUUGUUUUCUUUUUUCCAUGCAUAUAUGUGCAUAGCCAAUCUAUAUGAUUAUUUUCUAAUGUUAUAUGAAUGUCUACCUAUAUUGUCAUUUUCUGGUAUAUCCAUAAACAUGUUAAUUAAAAAUGGAUUAAUAAGCUUAAAAGUUAAGCUUGUUAAAAACACAUGAAUAGGUAGAUUGAUAGUUUUUUUUUUUUUUGGCUUAGAAAGCUUUUUAUAAAACAGCCUAAGAGGUUCUUGAGUAUAGAACUCUUCUGCCUACACAACACACCUUUCAUGAUUAGAAACUACUUUGUCUUCAUUCAUAUAUCACAAAUGUUUGCUAAACAUCUACUGUAUUCCAGGAACAUGCUAGGUGCUAGAAGAAUCAAAAAUAAGAAACAGCCCGUGUCCUCAUGCGGCUCACAGUUUAACAUGGAAGGAUUUCAUUUAACUAAAGACUUAAGAGUGACACGAAGCAGUAUGCAGAUAAGCAGGCAACUCCAAGAAACAGAAGGGAGUGGGUUUUGCACAUCGGUGGUCCUUGUAUGCGUUUAAUUUUGCCUGACUUGUCAUGUUUGGGAAAAUGUGGUGUAAUUUAGUGUUUUAAGAAACCUUAUAGUCAUGGAACAAAACAUACAAAAUGAGAAGUUACUCAGACUAUCUCUGCACUAAACCAACCAGCGGUAGAUAUAAUCCAGUUGUUAAUAUGAAGAUCAUACUAAAGGCUUACUUUCUUCAGAAAGAUUAUUAAACUUGAGAGGACCCUGGAUAUAGUUUCUGGCCUUGUCUUAUUUAUUCCUUCCUUUCUUCCUAUAAUCUAAUAAAUACAUAAAAUGCACGGUAUACCUUAAGAUUUAUUUAAAUAUUAAUACUUAACAUCCUAAAUGACCACUAUACUAAAUUUGGAAGGAUUCAUUCUUGCCUUAUUGUUUACAACAACAUAAAAAUGAGAGUGUCCGGUAGGGAAGAUAUUCAAUCCAACUUCUUUCAGUGCAAUAAUGAAAGGAAUAGGAGUCAUCCAUUUUCCUUUCAAAAUAGAGUCGUGCUCUUUGUUUUUUAGUUUGAUUGAAGCUAACAUGCAGAGGUUUUCCUAGUACCAAUAAGAAAAAGAAGUUUUUAUAUAAGCAAGUUAAAGAAAUUAUUACUUUAGUAUCAUCCCAGAUCCAGUCUUUUUGAUCUUUACAGUGUUUUUUAUUGUGUCACUCUAUAUAAAAAAGCAUGCAGGGCACGUAUAUUUUAGGCCUAAUCUGGAAGCUGUGCCACUAAAUCUUUGUUACCUUAAAUAGUUUAUGCCAUUGGAUCACUUCCGACUCCUAGCCACCCUACAGGACAGAGCAGAACUGCCCCAUAGGGUUUCCAAGGCUGUAAAUGUUUACGGAAGCGGACUGCCACAUCUUUCUCCUGAGGAGUGGCUGAUGCCAAACCCACCACUGACCCUUUGGUUAGUAGCUUAACCUUUGUGCCACUAGGGUUCCUUAAACAGGUUACCUAAUGCUUUUUUGGGCUAUGUCUGAACAAUAAGUGAUUAGACCAAAGGAUCUCUUAGGUCUCCUCCAACUUUAUAACUUAUGAUCUAAGAAUAUGACAUAUAUUGUUAUUGAAUUAAAAUAGCAAUUUGAUGGCAACAAUGACUAACUUUUCAGAAUUAUACUUUCAAAUUUUUUUACACAUUUAAGAUUCAACAUGAUGCAAAAUUACUAUCCAAUUUUAAAGUUUGGCAAAGUGGCAAUUUGAAAGUGUACAGAGUUCCCAUCUCUCAUCUGGUAUUAAAGUUUGGUGGUAUUCCAGUCUUUUUGCUGUACUCAUAAGGAAUUCCAGGCUAUCUUAUUUUUUAAACAAUUUUGUGGAAGUAUAUUUUACAUUUCAUAAAAUUCACUCAUUUCGAGUGUAUGAUCCAAUGACUUUACCAAGCGGUGCAGCCUCACUGUCUAUCAGUCUUAGAACAUUUUCACCACCUCAGUGAGGUUCAUUAUGCCCAUUUACAGUUAAUUCCAGGCAACCACUAUCUAUUUUCUGACUCUCUAAAUUUCAGGCUAUGUAAUUUCUGAUGGAUGAGCAAUAGACGCUCAUUCAGAGAGAGGCCAACCUCAAAGGAAAUUUCAAAUGGCUGGAUCAUAAAGAUCAAGGAGUCUCUUUAGGGUGGAUCAAAACUCUGACAUUCAUACUACUGCCAUCAGGCUUGUAGCUUCAUUAAUUGAUCUAUCCCUAGUAACCUUAGAAUACAAGUUUGAACCUUACAUCUUACAUAUCAUUGCCUAUGUAAUCAAUUUCUAUUUCAUUUAGAAAUUGCAGUGAAGUGUACAUUUUAUAUGUAUAAAAGACAUUUCAAGACAUAAAUCAGCAGUGACUUACUGCUUUGAUACACUCAUAUCCAUCAAAGAGAUUUAUAUGACUUUGACAUAGCAGUAAUUCACCUUAAUUUGAAUCUGAAUCUCAGUAAAUACUGUAGUUACAGUCAAAAGUACUUUAUUCAUUUCAAGUGGUCUUAGUUCCCAUGACUGGUAUGGCAUGUUAAUAUGAGCAUCUUGAAUCAAGGUGAUGGGGCCAAAGGCUUCCAGGUUGAAUGUUACAAGUCUGUUUUCCGAAUUAUAAUUUACACAACUGAUGCCAUCUGUUCUCCAAUGUUUACCUUUGUAAGUGAAGAAAGUGACAUUAGCUUCAUUUUCCCUAUUAAGAAAAUAAGAUGAAACCAUCCAAAUAAAUGCAAUGUGUAUAAAUUGACCUUUUACAUUUAGAAUAGAAUCUCCACAAAAAGCUGACUUAGCUGAGAGUUUCCCUUGCCAGUAGGAUCAAACCCAAAUUUCUCAGCAUGGUAUGUAAGACCCUUCAAAUGAAGCUUACCUCACGUUUCUGUUUUCAUCCCCUGCCACUUCUCAUACAUCAGUUAUCAGCCAGCCAUACUUCUUACCCUACUCCAUCAACAUCAUAUACCUCAGUGCAUUUGCAUAUGUAGUUCGUUCUUCCCACAGUACUCUUCCCCAAUGUUUUAGAGAAUCUCUUUUUUAAAAAAAAAUUAAAAUUCACCUAUUUUAAGUGUACAGCUAUUUUUAGUAUAUUUACCAAGUUGAGCAACCAUCACACAAUCCAACUUUAGAACAUUUUUAUCCCCCAGUAGGAUAGCCAUUAUGUCCAUUUAUAGUUAAUUCCCAUUCCACCCUCAGUCCCAGGUAACCACUAAUUUACUUUCUGUUUCUAAAGAUUUGCCUCUUCUGGACAUUUCAUAUAAACAUAAUCAUACAAUAGGUGGCCUUUUGCAUCUCUUACCACUCAGUAAUAAAACAACCCAAUUUAAAAAUGGGCAAAGGAUUUGAAUGAGAAUUUCACCAAAGAAGAUAUACAAAGGCUGGUAAGUACAUGAAAAGAUGCUCAACAUUAUUUGUCAUCAAAAAAAAAAAAAAAAAAUGCCCGUUGUCCUCAAGUCAAUUCCAACUCAUAGUGACCCUACAGGACAGAGUAGAACUGCCCCAUAGGGUUUCCAAGGGGCAGCUGGUGGUUUCAAACUGCUGACCUUUUGGUUAGCAGCCGUAGCUCUUAACCACUACGCCGCUAGGGUUUCCAUUACAAAAAACAAAGGAAUAAAGAUUAAAAACACACUGAGAUACCAACUCAAAUCCACUAGAAUGGCUAUAAUAAAAAAGAUAACAAAUGUUGAUGAGGAUGGAGAAAACUCAGGCAUUACUGGUGAGCAUGUAAAAUGAUACAGCUACUUUGAAUAACAGUUGGCAGUUUUGUAAAAUGUUAAACAUAAAGUUACCUUUGGACCCAGCAAUUCCAUUCCUAGAAAAAUGAAAACAUAGCUUCACACAAAGGAUUGCAUGAAAAUGUUCUCUUCAUAUUUUAAGGCCAUGUUCAAUGUUCUAUCCUACGAGAAGUCGUCCUUAACUCUCCUAGAACAAUCCAGUCACUACUUUGCUCUACAGCACUUUAUAUCUAUUAUAGCACCUUACUACUUUAUGAUGUUUUCCCCCCGUCUGCUUCUCCUACAAUCUGAAAACUCCUAGAUAAAGGAAUUAUGUCUCAUCUGUCUCUAUAUUUCUUAUUGUUUAGCAUAUUUAUGGAACAAAUGAAUGAAUCAUUCAUUCUCUUUCCAGAAUAAAUGCCCUCACCAUUUCCACUUGGCUCUCCUUCCUCUUCUCAUGUGGAGAGUCCCACUGCCCAGUUUUUACUAUUAAAUUCAAUAUAAUAAAUAUAAUUAUAUUGAUAAACUAAGUUACUUAUAACCCCCCUUUUGGUUCCUAAAUUAACAAAAUUAUUUUAAUUUGUAAAGAUAAAAAUUAAAUAUUUCAUAUAAAUAAAUUCUCCAAAUUUGUAGUAUUACCUGGCAGAAAGUUUCCCUAUAGUUUAAAAGGAAACCCUGGUGGCAUAGUGGUUAAGUGCUAUGGCUGCUAACCAAAAUGUCGGCAGUUUGAAUUCACCACGUGCUCCUUGGAAACUCCAUGGGGCAGUUCUACUCCGUCCUAUAGGGUCACUAUGAGUCAGAAUCGACUUAAAGGCAGUGGGUUUGGUUUUUUUUCAUAGUUUAAAAAUUACCGGAAAUUUUGAAUAUUUGCCCUUGUAAUUACAAAGUCAAAUUUUACACAAGUUGUAUGUAUUUCCAUGAAUCAUAUGGGAUUACUAAUCUUAUCGAAUUCUAAUUUAGUAUAAAUAAUUUUUAACGAGACACAAAUUUAGGAACAGUACCAUUAAAUAAUGGUAAAGAAAGUCAAGCCUCUAAAGCAGCAUGAAAGGAAGAAAUUACAUAAUUGUUCAUUUUGACAUAUUUUAUACUUAGAUUUAUUGUUAGAAAUAUACUGUUUUAAUACAUAAACUAUUUCUAGAACAUAAAUAAUAUCUUGUGGCUGUCUACACGAGCAAAAGUGUUGAGCAUUGGGGUAUUUAUUAAAAAGUUUAAACUACAAAAAAAUUUACUCUUCUGGGUAGAAGUUCCUUAAUUCUCUCCCCCAGUUACUAAAUAAAUAGGUUAAAUAAUAACUGUGUGCCCUAGUGAGCCUGUCUGUUCCUGACUUAUCACCAAGUACAUAAAUCCCUUCACAAAUAGAUGGAUCUAAAAUAAUUAAUGUUUAAAGCAAAGCUAUACAGCUUUCAUCUAGAAUCCUUAAAACUGCAUACAUUUAAUUCACAAGACAGAUCUUUCAAAGCUCAGCCAGCCUACCCAAAACUAGGUAUUUUUUAAUAAUUAGAGAAUCAUUAGCUUAUAUCUCUAUGGAUACUCUGGUUUUAAGGAUAUUUAUUUAAUAUCCUGCAUAAGUAGCAAUUUCCCAUGGUUCAAGAAUCAAAAAUUAUAAAGAGGCAUACAGAGCCUAGUUUUCUUCUUACUCAGGUUUCCCAUUUGUUCAUUCCUCAUGCCCAAUAAGUUAUAUUUUAUAGAUCAAUAAUAUUAAAAUAAUCAAAUAUUAAUCACCCAGCCCAAUCUGAAUUUAUUUGGUUAUGUCAAGAGAUAGUAGGCUUUCAAUUUGUUUCUUCGUUUUUGAUUUGCUAAACUGUUUUAUAUUUAGUUCCUUAUUUUUUAACAUUAUGAUAUAACCAUAAAUUAACCGUUCAUAGACUAUGGCCAAUAAAACACUUUAGGAACUAAUAGUUAUAACUCAUUAAAUUUAAAACUCCAACCCCUAUUCAUUUCCAUCAAGAGCAAGCAAAACAAAGACCCCAAAAUUGGCAAAGAAAUAUGUAAGAUUAGAAACUCAGUUUUUAUACUCCAUUUUCUGUUUCAAUUUGAAGAUUUGUAUUAUUAUACCUCUCUUCAAUGAUUAUAAUGAUUACAGAAGCUGAUAAAAGCAUUGCUGUACCUUCAGGGUCCCACCUUGCAACCAUGGGAUCCUCAAAAAAUAUUACAUUUUCUUGAACUUGAAGCAUGACCUCUACAGGUGGAAAAGCAUUUUCUGUUUCAAAGUCUUCUGUAGUUUCUGGAGGAUAUUUAUAUUUCUGUAAUCCUUCUUUGAGUAUCUUUUUAAAAAGGACCAAAACAAUGCCAAGUUAGAAGCUGACUGGUAAUAGCUAAAAUGCAACUAUCAAUAAAUAAGAUUAUUUUUAAGAACCAUUGUAGUUUGGUCCCAUUUAUCUAUAGGUUGACUAACCAAAAUGUCACAACAAAAUUAAAAAAGCAUAAUUGAGGAAAAAAACUGCUGAAUAUGGAUGCAAUUACAGAACCCUGCUAUGGGCCGGGCUCUAUGCUGUGGCUUAUAUUCCUCCAAGCAGUCCUACAAUGCUGAUAUAUUACAGAGAAGAUAACUGAAACUUAGAGAAAUCAAGCAAUUAGCUAAAGUUUACAAAAGGACUUCAAGGAGGGACCAGAACUAAAAAAUAGAUCUACAGGCCCCUAAACGCCAUGCUUAUUUCACUAUGUUAUACUGCCUCCUUCGUGAUCAAUACACUUCCAAUACCUUCAUUACGGAGUGUGGGUGAGGAGUAAAAUACCUUUUGAGAAGUACAGAAAUGAAUGGAUGAAAAUAAAUUAAUGGAACAGCAGAUUCUUCUGGGAUAAGGGAGAUUUGUGUGUAUCUGAAUGCAGCAGAGAAGGAUCCAGGGAAGGGGGCAAGAUAAAAAUGUUACAAAAUAGAUAAAGGAUUGUGUGGGGCAAAAUUCUAGAAUAGGUGGGAGAUCACUGAAAAGAGCCUUGAAAAAAAGGAGGAAGGCCUCUUUGUUGCAGGAAAGAAAGACAGGUGUGGAGGAGGAGACUUUGGGCCGAAAUGGAGGGCAUGGAAUGAUGGUAUCAGAGCAUUCUGACAAAAUUCAACAAUGGAUCUUUGAAUGGAUGCUUGAAAACCCCAGCUCAGGCUGGGACCUUCCUACAGAUAGAGUUCUGAAGGUCUACCUACGCCAAAGGAAUAUCUUUCUUGGACUAACCCCUUUCCUUCAGUUAUCCCCCAAGUAUCAAGGGCUGACUCAGAUAGAUUCUUCAAGGCGGCUGCAACAGAUUAUUUCCCCCAUGCUUGCCCUAAUACGCACAUUCUCGAUGGGGAAGAGAAAGCGGGAAGAAGGGCAAUAUUGUCCCCAAGGGGGUGAAAAUUAGUUCUUUCUGGGCAGGUAAAAAGACCUUGCUCUUUUAUGUAUAAAAUACCUAUGUGCAUACAGCACAUGAAGAGAUACAUAUGUGUGGUAUUAAAAAUUAAUUGAAGAGCAAUUAGAAAAAAAUGUUGAGAAAUACU